GUUCAUGUUUAGCGGCAAACCCAGUUAGUCUGAGCCAGUCAGUUGAGUAAUGACUGUUUGUUAUUAAACAGCAGUACAAUGGAAAGAGUUUUUUCACUGUUACGGUUGCUAUUGUUUUAUCUCUACUGCAUACAAAUUACCGAACAUUUACUGGUACAGGCUGCCGUGGUGACCAACACAAACAAUGAAGAUUGUCUAAAUCGUUUCACGAAUCCUGUCGAUAUGACAAACUGCAACAUAACGCAACUUAACCCGUACCACUUCGGCCGAGACAGUUUCAUCAAAUCCCUGGACAUGAGCAACAACGAGUUGUUUGACUUUCCUUCGAACGGAUCGGGAUUUCUCUACCAUGAACAGUUGAUUCAAUAUUGUUGUAUUAACUGUGGAAUCACUGCAAUUUACCGGGAUACAUUUGCCGGGCUUCGUCAGUUGAAAUCGAUCAAUCUAAGCCAUAACCACAUUAAAACAAUACCAGCCGAAGCAUUUAAUUAUAAUCGGCUACAAUUCCUGUUUCUAGCGAAUAACCAAAUCCACCGAUUUAACGAGCGGCAUGAACUGGAAACUAUGCAACACCUAAUGCUGUUGGAUGUCAGCGCUAACAAAAACUUUAAUCUGUAUGAUCUAUCGAUGGAUUUUCGGAGAUUGGAGCGAGUACAUUGUAGUAACUGUAACCUUUCCAGUGUCAGUGGGCAGUGGUUUUCCAAAAUUGCUCGCCUCAAAAAACUGCAUCUGGAUAGCAACUCUAUAGAUGCGCUGACGGAGGACUGUUUCACCAACAACAGUGUACUGCACUUCCUAAAUCUGAACAACAAUCCUAUACAGGAACUAAGUUUGACAAGUGAAAGUCUUGAAACACUGAGUUGUAUUAAAUGCAAUAUAUCACGCCUCACUGAGAAAAAUUUUCAGCAGCUCCCUAGUUUAAGAGUACUACAGCUACAGAACAAUAAUAUACAAAGGAUAGAUCCCGCUACCUUCGCAUCGAACACAAUGUUGAGAACGCUUCUGCUGGACAACAAUAAUCUUACGAGCUUUCCGAUAGAGAUUCUACGGACAUCUCGAGCCCUGCAGCAGUUAUGUAUCGACAAUAACUAUUUCCAUCCCACGCCGAACUUCAAACAGCUCAGCGAUUUAUACAAAUCAUUGCAACUGCGCAAAGACUGCGCCGCAGGGCAGCAUCAUCAUUUUGAAAAAAUCGUUCCAAAUAUAGAGGCGGAAGGAAGUUCGCUGUACGAAAAAGAUCUCCCAGCCUGCAACAGCACUGUGAGCAUAGCAAACCGCAAUGUGAUAUUCAUCGAUCCGAUGGCUUACGUGGCCUGUGAAGCACUUACAGCCUUGAACAUGGAUGACAACUCGAACUUUAGCUUCCACAAGCACUACCCGCUGCUCUACAGUGAAUCUCUAGAAAGUUAUUCCUGUGAAUCGUGCGGAAUUGAAAUAAUCUACGAAGACACAUUUUCUCAUCUGAAACAGCUACGACGAAUAUUUUUAAAAAAUAACCACCUGACAAAAAUAGCCUUUGAAGCAUUUGAUUCAAAUACUCAUUUGAACCACAUUGAUUUCGGUGGAAAUGAACUGCAACUGUUACCAGUGCGAUUGCUUUCGUUGCACGGAAAUGUGUCUACCUUAAACCUGAAUAACAACAGAUUCCUCUCAUUCACCUCAACUGUACCAUUCAUCGAUCAACCGGUUGUCGAAACAUUUAAUGCGAAACAUUGUGCGAUAAGGAACAUCACUAGUUUAAGCUUCCUCUCAAUGCCAAAUUUGAGGGAAAUUUAUAUUUCCGACAACCCAAUCCAACACAUUGAUCAGCGAGCCUUCGAGAAUAAUCCGCAACUACGGGUUCUAGAUUUGUCCAAAAGCCAUCUGCACGUGUUUCCUGUAACCGCUAUCGUACAUUUAAAACAACUGGAAAUGUUUUGUCUAACUGGAACGAGUCGAUACGAGUUUACUAAUCCUGUCUUACGGGAAAACAAUGUACAAUUGAAAAAGUGGAUUCUUACGAAGGCCUCGAACUGCAACGAGGAGUUUAUCCAAAAGCUGCCCGAUGAUAUACCAUCGAGUACCACUUCCCGAAUAGAGUUGGCAGCGAUAGCUGAAUUUAGAACUAGUGGUUCCGAUUGGGGAUGCACAAGGUCGGGUAUUACCGGAUUUAUAAUCACAAGCCUACACCUGAUUAAGCAGUGGGUGCAGCAUUCUAUAUAAAAAGGCUAAAGGUGGAUUAUUUCAUCUCUUUUGUAUUCCGUCGGCACGGUCGGUACCAUAACGCAACUAAACCCGUGACACUUCGGUGGUGAUCGUAUUAUUAAAUACGUGGACAUGAGUGUAUAUGAGUAGUAUACAAAGCUGUGGUGACAAAACAAUAGUAUACAAAGCGUAGAUCCUGCUUCCAUCUAAUCAAACGUAAUACUGCUGGACAACAAUGAUCUUACGAGCUUUUCGAUAGAGAUUCUAUUUGAUGAUUUCCAGUUACUGUUGAAAUAACUGGAAAUGUUUUGUUUUAACGAAACGAGACGGUACAAGUUUUCUUAUCCUGACCUUCGGAGAAACAAUGUGCAAAGGCUUCGUACUGUAGCACGGAGUUUGCUGAAAGCUACCGGGUGAUAUACCAUCGAGUACUACUGCCCAAACUGAGUUGUCAGCAAUAGAUGAUCUUCACAGAACCAGUUGUUCCGAUUACUACUACUGGAAUCAGCGUUUCCAUAUCAAUUUCGUCGAUAUCUGGAAAAAGAAACAAAAAAUAUCUGGAAAAAAUCUGGUAGUCAUUUCGUUGGACAAAUGGUAAUUUUUUCGGAUACAGUUCUUGAGGUACAAUAUCGCACGCUCAGCCUUGGGGCUAAUAGCGGUCUCGAUCAACUAGAUUAUUUGAGAGAAUUCGUUAUCGAUAUUGUUUUUGACACUUUUUGUAUGUGUAGGAUAAGUACAACGAUACACCGUGCCCCAGUGCUGAGUCGAGGAAAUUUCCAGCUCGAAAAGAUCCUCGACUCGAUCGGGAAUCGAACCCGAUAUCACAACCGUGUGGGAGAGCUAGCCGACCGACAUCGCUAACCACAGAGCCACGGGGAGCACGGUCAUUUUAACAUUUUAUGAUGUGAUGUAAUUGAAAAACUGGAAGUGACGACGUUUUUGCGAGACAGAAAAAAUUAAAUCUAGAUAAAUCUAGACCUGUUAUGAAAAAUCUGGGGAAAUUGUACAACAAAUCCAUUUAUCUGGAUGCAUGUUUAAAUAUCUGUAUUAUCCAGAUAAAUCUGGCAACACUGGCUGGAAUUCAAAGCACCAUUUAGCAGUUGUUCUGGUGAUGAGUACAACAUAGGAUGCAUCGUAGGUGAACGAGCUUUAUUUAAUAUCGUUCGGUUUUCGUUGGUACAUUUCCGUCACUAUUGUACCAACCAUUAACAGAUAAUAGAAAAGUACCACUCCAAGAGCUUAUCGCAUUUGCAGGCAAUGUCAGUGCCAUGUGCCGAAUCGGUAUCAAAGUGAAAAUAAAAGAUAUAUACAAAACUAUAUAGGGUAUCGAACGUCUUCGUCAGUAGUUUUCUUCGGCCCCCUUUUGCAUAAGAUUGCUGCAGAAAAACUGCCGAAGAAAACCACUGACGAAGACGUUCGAUACCCUAGCCAAUGAAAAUCAGAGUAUGAAAAGACGAUACAUAGCAAAGAUAAAGUGUAAUACGGUACCAAGAUGCCGAACUUCAUUUGUAUCGCUGACUAUCCGAGGACAGACGCGAAAUCCAAAAACUGCGCAUAGAGAGCAACAUUUUGUGACCACUACCGUGCAUGCUCUUCCAAGUCUGCGCAAUAGUAUUACAGUUUAGUAUUAGUUUAACCCGAAUCAGCCCAAUGGUGCCAUAUGGUCAUAUGAAAAAUUAAUGACAUUUCCAUCGUUCAACAAAAUAUUGACGCAUAAAGUUAGUUUAGUUUUGUACCCUGAACGUUGCAGCUAUUGAGAGUUGAAAAAAGUACAAUAUUCACGGAGAAUUCUGGUCAGAUUCGGGUUCACGGAUUAUGUUUUAUUCGGGCAAAUCAGAACGGAUUCUUCUCCGUUGUAACGUAAGUUCACUUUUAUUUUAGUAUAUAGUAAUUAGGUAUUCAAGGAUUCACUUACAACAAAAAGUUACUUCGUGUGUCCAAAUUAUUUUAUUACGUAUUUUCAAUUGGUGCUCCAACAAGGUUACUUAAUUUGUGUAAACAUUACACACUCAAACAGUACUUAGGGAAAAAUUCUUACUGCCGUGCCGGGAUUUACUGUGAUGAUGAAGAUUCUUACGCUGUAUGUUUCACUAUACAAAUACAUGACACAAAAUAGACUAAAGAGACAGUUUGAGAAGUAAACGAGAAAAUCUCCCUUAAUCGACCUGACAGUGAAGAAACCUUUAUCAUACUUAAUAAAGUACCAGGAAUGGUCGAACGAUAGCACAAUACAACGCCUUCAAGCAAUGGGGAUCUA